CGACAUCGCCGCAACUAAGCGACAAAGCAAACGCCAAUAAUAAUGGCAUGAAAACACACAUCAAAAGGAAAACACACAAAAACAGAAACCAAAAAACAACGCUAACAUUGCAAGCAGCCCGGCAGGCAGACAAGAGGCAGACGAGCGAGCAGGCAGGCAGACAGCGGGCAGGAGACAGGCACAAACAAGCAAAAGCACAAUCAAACACUUUUAAGUCAACAACAGAAAUCAAAAAGAUUUCUUCGUUUCGUGAGCACAGAUGCAACGUGCUACUCACAGCAACUAGUCGCAUGUUCGUUUUCUCCCUUCUGCGCUGGCUGACUGGCUGCUGUGUCGAGAUUUUUAGAUUUCGUCGAUGAAACGACGCGACAACGAACAACGGCAGCUAGCCCCAAACAAACCUAAACAGCAGCGAAACACUAAAAUCGGAAAAUCAUUGUUUCGGUGUUUUUUCGCGAGUUCGUUAACGGCAACGGUCGCUCGGUCGGUCGAACGGUCGGACUGUCGGUCAUAACGGUUGUAACCUAACGUUACGCAGGAAAUCUUCAUUGUUAUAGCGCUCUCCACCACCACUGUCACCAUCAACAUCAAAAAAGGAACAUUGGCAUAUUGUCGCAACAACCGUACAACUGUCCAGAGGGUUUCGCUGCCUUGACAAGGCUAUCGUGAGCCGUGUGAAACAUUACCAAGUGAAAACUUAACAACAAUAAGGAGAAAAAAAAUCAAAAAUAAAAACAAAACAACUACAAUAACAUAGCUACUAUAGGUGGUACAAACAGAAAAAGGAGAGAGAGUGCAAACAAAUCAUUUUAUCCUCUCUGUUGAUAGUGCUGCUCCUGCUCCUGCUGCCACUGUAGUUGCAGUCAAAUUUAUGCAAAUGCCUGCCUUGCAGGUGUGUGAGUGAACACUUGACUAAUAACAGAGUGCUGAGUGAAUGAGAAGAGGCAAGCAGCCAAACAAACAACAACAACAAAAAACAAAGCCACAUACCGUUUUACAAUUCACACGUGCUUCAAUUCGGUGUAACGGUAACGUUCAUUUGACAUAGGCUCACCAAAUGAAACAAAGAAAGGACAAAAGACCAAAAACCACACAACAUCCAGCAAUUAGUUAAUCCAACAAUUCUUGGAAAUCUGUGAGCCAUUGCAAUAACAGCGGACAGGCAACGAACCAACGGACCAACCGACAAACACAUGCCACUACAGGCCGCAAACCAAAGAAACAAACCAAACAUCGAAGCAAAAAAACUAAACAACAACAACAAAAAAAGCGGCAACUAAUCGAAGCUAAAUUGAUGGCUUUGUCGACCCACAAAGAAGAAGUCAAAAUGUAGGAGGCACAUGCACUUAAACACUAUGACGUAAAAAUGUUAUAAAAUUUAUCAGAAAUAUAAAAUUUAACAAAACAAACCGAAGAAAUAUUGAAAGAGUUUCGAUCGCAAUUUAAUUAUAAGGAAAAAUGUUGCUUAAACCGAGAUUAACUCCACCUAUAGCUAUGAAUACCCCCUUAAUUGUGAAACCAACUACAACCAACACCAAUACCAUCACCAUAAGCAAGACAAGGAGUCGAACGAGAUAUCGUCGAGAAGUCAGCCAUGUCAACACAAAAAUAUGUUCCAGUAGCAGCAUCCUGCAGCAGCACCAUCCUCCAUGCCGCAGCAGAACUUACUUCUUAUCAUUACCACCAAUGCCACCAUCAACGUCUUACCAUUGUUGGCACCUUCUAUUUUCUUGGUAUUGCUGCCUUUUGGCCUGCAUUCUGCAACAUUGUGGCAUUGUGGCGGAAAUCGCAUCUGCUGGUGCCAUUUCCGGGGGCAUUAGUGCCGUGGGUAUGGGUGUCAUGGGCACCAUGACUGCAGGUGCGAUAGCUGCUGCACCCGCCUUAGCAGGUUCCAGUGACAACAUUGCCGAUGGCUAUGCCGAAGGCGAUGAUGAUGUUAGCCUCUCAUCGCUGUCCAAUAAUUUCGAUAGCCAUGAUUGUACUUCGCUUAAAUUCAACAGCAUGGCCAGAAACAUAGAUGACAUCGAGGAUUUGGAGCUGGGAGUGCCUGUAAACAUAGCCUUUGAUAAUCGGCAAAGAAAAAGAUUUGUAUUGCAUUUGAAUAGCUCGACACCCUUAAGCAUAAAUUUCUCACAAAUUGUUGCACGCAAAAUAUUUUUCAAUCAAACUGUUAAUUUACUGCGUUCUGCUAAAAAUGGCCAGCAUUCUAUAACUCUGACCUGUGCCCUACGUGGACAAUAUGAUAUUUUUGUGCAGGCUCGCCAUAGAGGCUCGGUCAAGAUUGAAGCCAUAGGCUUUCAUCCUCAGGCCCAUUGGCCUCUGUUGAAUCGAACGCAUCACAUAACCAUGAGAAGUCAAAAUCGAGUGCGUAAGCGGCAGAUGAUAGUGAAAUGGGACAAAAGUAAAUUUGAUUUCCAUGCGGUUCAUUAUUGCCUGGUGGUGAGCACAGCACAUGGCCACAAGGAUUUCUGUCAAGCUACCGAUGAGUUUCUAAGUUCCAUGUACACGAGUCGAAGAAAUCCGGCGCCUGUGUGUCAAACACCCCUAACCGUAGAGGCGAUUUUGUCAAGACCUGCUGAGAGGGCAGUGAAAAUAGAUCCCCAUACGACAAAUGUCAUAUGCACCGGAAGUCGAACUCAACAAUUAAUACGAGGAUUGGCUCCCAAUUAUGUCUAUCAUUUGGAUGUCUUUGGCAUACACACUAAACGACAAAAUCUCACCUUUCACAUAGUCUCCUCUACCAUGGAUUUCAAUCGAACCCAUCCAGCCAUACUUAAGGCCAAUACUCUGAGUGUGGUCAAAAUUUCAGGUCUACAUGGAGUGCAGGUGUUUAGUUUUAAGGUUCCCCCCCUAACUGCCUUGGACUCAAGGCCGGCCUUGCGCUAUUUGGUCUUGCCUUGUGGCGGCAGUGAAGUCGAUGCAAAGAUACUGAAACAACGCAGAAUUAUAGCCAACUUCAGCAACAUCUAUCGGCCGACCUACAUUGAUUUGUCUUCGAUAAGAGAGGCAGGACGUUACAUGAUACGCUUCAAGCCCAGCAACGAUGAUGAAGUCUUGAGGGCAAAUAAAGUGGGUUUGGCGGUGACCACCAAUCGUGUGUUCAGUCAAUUGCCUGAAUUGCCCGAAAAUAUAACCGUGUUUGAGGUACGAACAACAUGUCGCUUCACCAAAAUCGCAUGGUAUAGUUCACCGGAAAUUCGUACCCUAAGUUACUGCAUAAUUGUGUUCAAUUUGCCGCAACGCAAUCGCAGCUCCAUCGACUACACAAAUUAUUGCAUGGAUUUUGGCAAACGUGUGAUGCAACAUCCGCAAUUUCAUUCAAUAAAAUGCCCGAAAAAAGCUAAAAAUCCACCAAUUUUGGAGACUGACACCAUACUCAAUUUAACGCCUGGUGAAUCCUAUCUAAUCUAUGUCACCGCCAAUCUCAGCGAAGGCAAGCCGCUCCCCUAUCAAUCGCUAAAGGUGAAAAUGUAUCAACAGUGUCCGGAUGAGGUGCUGGGAGUGGACUCCAGAGACCAAUCGGCGUAUUAUUUAAAUUAAGGCUCCAUGAAUUCCAAAAAACAAAAACUAACUAAACAAAAAAUAGGCUUU